GCCACCUUCUACGCCCAUAUUUCAAUAUUAUGUUCAGAUUCAUCAGUCCAGGCCACUUUCUUCCUAUUUGUUUAGCCGGGUUAUGUAAGAAACUUGUAAACCGCCUCAUUUUAAGAACCGCACGGUCUCUGUCCUUCCUCCUUCACGGCCCCUGUAUCGGCCUUGCCGGCAAGGGAGGUAAAAAUGGAAUGAUGGAAUGCAUUUCCAUGCUUUCAAGUGCCUCUAGCAAAAUGAGGCCCAACUUAAUGUGUCGCCUUUUUGUACUCUGUCGGUUUGAGACUGUUUAAAUCCUUCUAUUAUCCCAAAAGAUCACCAUCAACUGUUGUCAUUUGCCUUACUGAAAUGUGCUGAUGGAGUACAGCUGUACGCCCUACACUACGACAUCAGGAGCCCUGACGACACCCACCCCACCCCCACUUUAGCGCUCGAUCGCCACGGUCUUACAUCUCGGAAGUCUAGUUUUUAGGGCGGUCAAAACUCCCGUUUUCAUUCCUACAUUUUCUGUGUUCGCAGGCUAGCCAGUCCCGGCUACAGCCGUUCCCUGGGUUGUCCCUUUGUGGGGAGGAGAGUUUCGCGACGACUCUUAAGACGGUUGUGAAGUUCUACUUCACUGAGAUCUAGAAUGAGAAACUUAUCACAUAGAAAAAGUGUCGUUCCACUUACCCUUAUUUAGUUCCCCUGGUCUUUGACCGGUGUCCAAUCUGGACCGGUCCCAAAAAGUGAACCGGAUGUUGUUCAAAAAGUAGUUCCUGAUCCUGUUUCGUCAAAUGUCCCACAAUACACCGGUGUUACUAUAUAAAUCACCAAUCGCCGCUUACUAUUCAUGUAGUCUUGUCAUGGCGACAAGUCUGCAUGUUCGUUUUCGGGGGUGACUAAAACUUCUUUCGAAUUGUCUUGUACCCAAGAGGAUGAUAAAAAACCGCGCAAAUAGUGUCAGAACGAAAGAUGAGGAUGGAUACACGAGGAGAGCAGGAUGUGUCUGCUUCAGAACUGAUCAGGAAAAAGAGGUUCGACACAUUUGGUUCUUCCACAUGGCAGAACACAUGUCUCGACCGGCCGUCAGGCCAGACACUGUAAUGCUGAUGUUUGUUCAUUGUAGGUCCUACUAAUUUCAAGCUCUCGGCAUCCUGGUCGGUGGGUUGUUCCAUCUGGAGGAGUUGAACCUGGCGAAGAACCAAAAGAGGCUGCAGUUCGCGAAGUUGUGGAAGAAGUUAGGGACAGACUUUUUCGUUAAGCUGAGCUGCUUUAUCACACAAGACUGUGUUUGCGUUUGGUUUUUUUCUUUUAAUUCGUUCAGGUUUCGGCGUUAUCUGUUAACGCUUAGUCUUUUGUUCGAUUGUGUUAUUUCUUAUCUCUAGGCUGGUGUUCGAGGCAAGCUUGGACGUUUUCUGGGCGAGUUUCAGGUGUGAAUAUUCCCUUUGUGGUAAAACAGUCGUUGCCAUUGCUUUUGUUUGCCUGGCCCUUUAGAGAAUUGUUGUGUUUAGACUCACCUACCUUUCGCCUUUUAGAAUGAUGUUAACCAAAGUCGGACCGCUGUAUAUGUGCUUAUUGUGACAGAAGAACUAGAAAGAUGGCAGGAAGGUAGGUUCUGUUUAUUAAAAUUCCCGCUGUUUAUAGCCCAAAAGCAUUUACAACUCAAGUUGAAAGUCGUCGAACCAGUAAAGUUCAGUACAAUAUUCUAGUGUUUUUAAAGCAACAUAAGAAAUAUAAGCCUUAUAUUACCUGUUCUCUUCUUCUUUCUUCGGAAUAUUCUUAUCCACUCAUUUUGAAGCUUUUCUUAAGAAUCCAAACGCAAACGGAACUUGUCAAGGGGUGCGCAACACUGAGAUACGGUAGAUCAUUUCUUGCUUUGCUCACGUGUAUAUAUGGUGCUCGCUCUUUUGAGAUCUAGCUUUCAGUACAAAGUACAACACAUCUAUAUUUAUAUAUUAUAGCCAGUUUGUAGCAGCGAAAUGUUAUAUGCGACUUUGUAGAAUACGCUAUGUCUAUCGAAACAAGGUACGUGUUGUUUUUUCGGGCAUUUAUAGCUAAAGUGGGGACGAAUAUUUAACCGAGUGUUUACAAUGACAAAACUACUCCCGUCGUAAAAUACACCGUAUCUUUGGCGUUUCUUUGUAUUCCUUCAGCGCUUAGAGAACGAAUAUUGAUUCACUGCCAGAUUGACCUGAGGUCAUCCCUAAGAGAAAACUGUAUAAUGUUUAGAGUAAUCGAGGAAGACAUAAUGUAUUAUUGAUGAGCUAAAGCUAGCCUUGGUUCCGUUAAACGAUAGAAAUAAAGCUUAGUACAUUUACCGGUGCUAGAAUAGCAAGUAUUGGAAGUGUAACAGGUCAUCUGGUACUGUCUUGUGUCGUCGCCUCUGUUUAUUUCAUCAUUAUUUGAUGGUAUUGUUUUUCAGAUAGAAUGUCCAGUUAUGACUAUAUAUUAUGUAUGCACUGCCAGUAGUGUUAAUCUGUGCAGUUCAAUUUUAGUCCUCUGUAGAUUUAGUGUCAUUUGUUUCCUGAUUUGUAAGUCCUUCAUGAAAAUAAAAAAAUUUUGUAGUCAAGAUCUGAAGCAAAAUCAUUAUACGUGCCUUCCCUUUCAUAUGUGAAUCUCAUGCCUGCAGACUAAAGACAUUGAUUUCACACAUCAAAGACAAUUAAAAUCCGGAGGAAUUAGUCUUUAAAUGAUUAACAAUGAAAGCUCAACUCAAUUUCAGUCCCCAAAAAUAUUCCAAAAAGGUCCUCAGUGUUGACUCUGUAUUCUAUUAUUGUAUCACAAAAUGUUAAAAUUGUUGCCUUUUAAUUAGCUUUGGAAAUGUUAAAAGGUCAUUAAAAGGUUUUUGGACAUGUUCAACAACAUUGAGCAGUCUAUGGAAAAUCUUAGGAAACCUUUAGAAGUCGCCUGGACAUUUUCAGAAAUACCAGUCAUGACAAGGCGUUAAUCUCAAGCAUUUGAUGUAGAAAAAGUUGGCAGGUGUACAAAAUAUGGAAUGAGGCAGUGCUGACGAUAACACAUGCCAGAAGUAGCACCGUUCAAGUAUGUGUUUUAGGGUGUUCAUUUAGCAUUGAAGAGAUCGGAGAAUUCUUGGUUUAGGAUGCAGAAUUCUUUAACUAACGUUUGGUAGCUGACACCCUGCGCGCAAAGGCUACAUUUUUGCUGUGUGAGCUGUCAUGCAAAAAGUAGCCUCUGCUGACAACCGUUCAAAUCCGUCCAGAAAUCUGGACAAAUAAAAACGGUUUUUUUCCUGUUCUUGACCGGUUUAAAGCAUUGCAUGAGUCUUGCAUAGCAAAUCAGAGUUGUUGCAAUUUUUUAUUCCCGCAAAACUCGCUCCAUUUGAUGACAGACCUGACAAUUAAUUUUGCUUGUGAAUCGCGUGAUGAAUUUCACGCAUGCAUCAUAGAAAAUUGAACGGUUGUCGCCAAAGGCUACUUUUCGCACACCAGCUCACACAGCGAAAAUGUAGCCUCUGCUUGCAGGUUAGGUAGCUAAUGACUAUUUUUUAUUUAUGUGGAGCCUCUUUCAAAAUAUUCUCCUGUAACAUUACACCUUUCUCCUUUGUUAAAAAGUUUAUUUCAAAUAGUAAAUACACAGCUACAAAAUAAAUUGAAAAUGAAAUGAAAGAAAAACAGCUAAUAAUAAUACAAUACAUAUCUGUCUGAAUUCAUAAAACGUGACCUCUAGGUUUUUGCCUGGUGCGGGGCACAGUCUGGCACCAGGCCAGUGCAGUCUCCAAAAAUGUAGGGGCUUCGGCAUCUUGGUCAGCUCAGGUGGAUAGCCCAGGGACUGCCCUAACAGUGGGUGGGUGGAUCAGGCAUGGGGGGCAAAACUAGUGGGGUAGGGAGGGGGCUAUUUUGACACAACCCAUUCAGUGAGGAGCAGUUUUUACUUAAGGCUUUGACAGGCAAGUACCUUGUGUUUACUUUGCCCUAGCCAGCUGUAUCAGGUUUUAAUCGCUGACAUUAAUUGUCAAGAUAACUGCAGAACUCAGGGGAAAGCACAGACAGUUACCCAGUGUCCUGGGUGGGGAGUGAAAUUCUCAGUACCAAGGACAUACUUAGCUGAGGACCUGUAGACGCUCACUGAAGCCACGUUAACUUAAAUUCAGUCAGAUUUACAAUGACGCUAUUUUAUAUUUAUUUUGACAAUUGGCUGAGAACUAAAAAUAACAUAAAAACAAAUAAAAGAAAAGAAAAAAAGGAGAGAAACUAAAAAUGAAGAUGCUAACCUAAAAAGUGAAACAGUACUAGCUUAAUGGAAUAUGUAUCAAGAGAGUUACACUAGCAUUCACUAAUUAAGAAGUUUGGCCCAUGUUUUUUCAAAUUGGGCUGAGCAUUAAGAUCUAAAAGCUGUGAGUCAGAGAAUAUUUUAUUAUAUUUAAAAGGCGCAAUAGAAAACUGUCAAAGUCCAGAAUGCUGCCGCGUAAACUUGUUGCAAAAACAUGAUACCUGGGGACAAUCAAACAGUAGUUAAGAACUUCUCAGUUAUUUGACUUUUUGUGCCAACCGUAAAAAGUAGUACUUUCAGCAAAUUCAGUUUUUGAUUAAAUUUUUCUUGUCACCAGUUACAAAACAGUUGUCAUUAUUCCUACAGUAUUGUAGUACUUUUAUUGUUCAUGUGAUGGUGAUGGUAAUGAUAUUGAUCUAGUAUCCUUUUGAUGGUGAUGGAACCCAUAAUGAUGACAAUCUCUCUUUCUCGUGUUUGGAAUUUACGUUUCUAGUAUCCUUUUGAAAGCUUUAAAACUUAAAACAAAGAAAGUAAUGCGCGGGAUAACGCAAUCUCUGCUUGUUUCAUCAGGAAAAAGAUAAACUCUAUAAGCAGUUCAUUAAUUCUAGGGACUCAACUACUGAAAAAUACAAACGCCAGGUAAAAAUUGCUAAACAAAGACUAAAAGAUACAAAAUUUGAGAAGGCUAAAAAUAACCUGAAAGAAACUUGGAAACUAAUCAAUGAUGUAAUCAACAAACCGAGCAGAAGCGCUUCUGUUAAUGAGUCGCUUAUCUUAAAUCCAACUAAUAUUUCGACAAUCAAAUGGUAAAUGUCUAACAAAAUUAUUAAAAAGCACCUGUUUUUCUCAGCCUUUGGCUUUACUAUUUUUUUAUAAUACUAGAAGUUCCUCAGAUGUAACACCAAACAAUUUUCUAUUUUGUUCCAAGGCCCUAAAAUUUGGUCCUGGUUUUCAGUAGAUGAAGCAAAAAUUAAGUUAACGGAAAAGCCAUAUCUUUGUAUAAUGUAAUGCUUGUGUAAUCUUUAUUGAAAAUAAUAAAUAUCUGUUAAAAAAUUUGCAUGUUUUGGAAGGUGACAUCACAGGCUGGUCUUCUUUAAUUGACCUGGUUGAAUUUGGCCGAAGAUUUUCUUCUAUAUAAUAAUUAUUAUAAUAGUAAUCCAGUAAUUUAAUUAGUAAGAACAUAAUAUUUUUUUCUUGUUACAUGUUAGAGGCAAAGAGUUGUAUAUUUAUAUAUUUCUUAGCUGGGGUAGGGAAAGAGAUCAUCCUUGAUCUGUUAAACAAUUAUUCCUCGAGCCCGAAUGGGCUAUUGACUCAGAGGCUAUGAGGGCGACAGGAAUAAUUGUUUUAGUAAAAUCCAACUAGUUGGUAAAAAAUGUCGAGACAAAACAACUUAAGUUAGCAAAACGUGAUUCAGCCGCCAUUGUUCUGGUUUUCAAAGCCGGCACUUAUUGUUACUAGUGGGUUAUAACAUAUAGCCUAGUAGUAGCUCAACCAAUCAGAACGCAGCAUUGAUAAUAGACCACUAGUUGGAUUUUACUAAAACUUAAUAUACCCAUUCCUAUACUAGGAAAUGUGCUUUCAAGUCCUUAUAAAAGUGUUUUAUAUUUUACUGUCAGUACUGAAUAUGUUUUCAUAUCCGAGUCUUUUAUGCCUUGAGAGGGAUUUGAUAAAUGAUUCCAAGUCAAGGCUAGUCGGCCGUGAAAGAUCAGCUAUAAAUUACUAACUGUAGACUGUGAAUUACCUUCGUUGACACUUGAUGCGUACAGUAUUUAAAACUCAAAAUUAUAAUUUAUAGAUCACUAAAAUAAAAGUAAAUGUACAUGUAUUUUCGGGAAGUAGAUAAUGUGACUGCAGUGUGAAAAAACUUUCUCAUAGUUAUUUGUUCUUCUCAUGUAUUUGAUCAAAACAACCCAGAAGCUAACUAAGCUUUCUCUAACACAAACACCUCGUAGGCCGGUGGGUUUAUUUUUAUUUUAGAUACAUGUAGGUGUGUUGAAACAAGGCUGUGCUGUAAGGAAAAUUGAAGGGAGCCUGUUGCCCUGAACCUGUAAACAGUAGGGUGUCCAGAUUAUCAUUGGUACAGAAAAGCUAAGAUUUUCUAGUUGCCAAAGGCAAAGUUAGGCACCGCCUGUGCUAGAGCACAACCUCGGGAAAGAUUCCAAAAGUAAGCAUGGAUCCCAAAAAUGUUUUCUCAGUGGUCAAAGAAAUUCUUUAAAUUGUUAUAAUUAUUUAGAAGUAUGAGGAAACUGUCAGACCGGGAAGCUGAUCUUAUUGUAAUAUUAUUAAUGUUCUAUUAACUUACUAAACAUAAUUCAAAAACUUUUUUAAAGUGUAUUUGAAAAGCUCCAAGCAUUUGAAAACUGCAAUUUUGUUUCAAUUGCCAACAUAGCUUUCUUAACAUGAAAAAGCAUUUUCAACAUAAAAGCUCAAAUUCUAUAACUCUUGUACAAUAUUAGUAUAAUUACUAAACUGUCAUUAAUGCUAAGAUUUUGAUUUGAGCGUGUACAAAUUUCUAAAACAUGCAUUUGCAUGAAUGCAAAAAGGGGGGGGAGCCUUUUGCCACUGAUCACUGCAGAUCACAGCAAACAAAGUGACUUUCUCCUAAUUUGAUGUCACAUCAUGAAAAUUAACUUUGUUACUCUGAUCUAGACAGAGUAAUGUUGUUCUUUUGCUGCAAUGAUGUCUUGGUUUCUGAAUGCUGAAAAUUUUAACCCUGCCUAGUGUCUCAAGUUUGUCUUGCUCACAUUAAUCUCCCUCUCCUCAAACAAUCUUUACUCCUUUAUGAAAAUGCUAUUUUGUUCAUGUUUUGUACUGUAAUUGCCAAACUUGUAUUUUGAGGGUUCCUUUUAUAAUUUCAAAGCAAUUUUGUAUUUCACUAAAUGGUAACAUUGCUUCAAAGCAGCUGCUUAUUUCCAGAACCAUGAAUUGCUUGUCAAGCACAAUACCCCAUCGAAAAUUUCAUUAUUCUUUUUUAAGCAAUGGAAGCAAGCAAUCUUAACUUUUUUAUUCAUUUAAGAUAAGUAUCACUUGCCUGUGUUACUACAUAUCAUAAAAGCAUUAAAUCCCUUUUAUGAAGGAAAACAAAAAUGUUUUUGGUAUAGACAUGGCUGAAGAAUACAUCUACAGUACAAACCCUACAGCACUGCUUUCGAAUAGAUGUUACAUCAAGCUUGUUCUUUGCUUUUGGUAAUAUGUAUUUUAUUGCCCUUCCAAAAUAUUUCCAGGCAAAUCAAAGCAUAGAAAUUUCUAUAAGUAAUAUUUUUUGUUGGUCUGUUAAAAGGUUUUACCUGGUGCAUCAUGUAUUAAUCUAUAGGCUACUUAGCUAUACUUCCCUAUAAGUUGUUUCUCUAAAUGCUGUACAAGGGAGGCAGGUUGUUCCUAAGCAACGUGCAAAGAAAGUCAUGUCUGAUAGCCCGGGAAUAGUGGAUUUUGCUAUCGGGCUACUGAUUUUUUGUUCUUAACUUGCCCAACGGGCAAGUGCUGUUUUUUGGGGAAAUUCAAAUUACAGAAGGAUUGUAAUCAAUCCCGCUAAUCAAAAAGGGUUUUGGGGCUAGUUGAAAUGACUUGUGGGCUAGUACAUGCUAGGUACAGCUUGCCCGAGGGGCAGGCUGUAAACUGACUUUCUUUGCAUCCUGCUUAGUAAGGUCUGAAAUGCUAAAAUCCAACCAUUUAUUUCCAGUAGCUAUUGAGCCUUCUUUUCAUUCUGUCUGGGCUUAAAUAUGAUUUUUUAAUUAUUGCAAUAACUUUACACUGGAAUAAUGUCCUGCCAACUUGACCUUUAAACUCAAAUGUAAAUAGUUAAAAUUACAUCAAGGCACAUAUUCUCUUCACCUCUCUUCAUACAUUUCUCAUGGCACAAGUGUGGAGAAUUUGUGUAAAAAACAAGCUGGUUUAUGAUUGUUACGUGCUACUGUUAAAUGAAGAAGCAACAUAGAAAGGGAAGUGGUCAUAGUAUUGUACACGGACAGGCACCACGACUACUCAGUCCAUGGCCUAGACUCACUGGUGGUGUUCCUGUGUGCAUCCUUGCUCCGCUGAAACAUAUAGCAUCUCCUCUGCAUACCACCACCCCUGGUUUAGCAGCAGUAGAAACCUUGGUGCAGUUUUUCUGAUAGAUGUCGGAACGUACAGAACGUUUUAGUAGUAAAUGAAUUUUUUGAGAGUUUUUGUGGACAAAUUGUCUUGUCCACUUCCCUAAGGAUGAAUUUCUUUUGGUGACUGUUUGAACUUUAGUGAAGGAUUAGCAUGGACUCCUUAGGGACAGCCAUUUGAUAUUUCUGGGGUGGGGCUGGGUGAUUUGAUUUUGGGAACAUUUUUUCCUAAGCUUAUUUCUCUGAUUGUCUGUUUUCUUAUUUUUUGUCUAGUGUAAGUAUAAGUAACUCUAAUUCAAUACUUUUUCAAUCGCAUUCUCUUUGUAAGAAAAUUUUUCCCAAAUCAAAUGGUUCUUGGUUAAAGAGAAGAAGUUAUUUAUUGGCUUGAGUCAACCAAUGAUUGGAAUGAUCUUAUGACUAAUGAUUUAUAUGAUAAUGAAUAUAAUGCAAUGUAUAUAGAAAGAAUUGCCUCGCGAUAGUCACUUUGUUAUUUAUCUUGAUCAACAAAGUCUGUCACACAUAUAUAGCUUGAUGAUUUCAUACUAUGUUGUAAAUUGGGUUAAGAAUAGCAGACGAUGAGGUUAAAUUAGGUGUAAGUUCAUAUUUAUUGUGAUGUGUGUUGUUCAUCAUCAAAACCAGAUUGAGAUGAAAUAAACAGAGUGAGAGAGUCAAGUUUUGUUUUUGUGUUUGCUUUUUCUCUUCUAAAUAUUUAUAUCUUUUGGAAUGGUUGGUCCACAAGUCAGUAUCUGGAUUUACCUUUUAAGCCUUGCAUUGUCUUUCCAUUUAUAAACCUGGAUGUCAAUCAGUUUCUACAUAUUAAAAUAAGAGACUGCUCGCAGUAUAGUGAAGAGUCCCUUGCCCUCUAUCAAUCAAUCAAUCAAUCAACAGGGGCGAAUCUAGGGGAAGGGGGUAGGAGGUGCCCACCCCUCUCUUAAAAUGACCUGCGACUUUCUAAUACAGUUAUACAACAUCUGCUGUUCGUUUGAUCUGUAUUCUCGGCAGUUCACAUUAUGUUAUUGCCCAGUCAAUGUUUACGUCACCAGUCAGUUGCGCCAUUCCUUAGUGGUGUAUCCCCUCCCAAGAAAAACCCGAUUGCAUAAAAAAGGAAUCUAUGCUCGCUCCAGAGCCGGCUCGAUCUCAUGCCUUAAGUGUCUCCAUGCGCUCGCGAUUCUCCCAACCUCGCAGUUUGUGCGCGCGAGUUAAGCCAUAUUUUUAUGACAAAAAGGGGAGAGAAAAGACAGAAAGAGAGGACGACAGAGCUGCGGAGAUCGCUGUUAGAAGAGACGAGCCCCUCCCUGACUGUAAGCUCGAAAUGCUAAUUGACGUAUUUGUUCUUUGUUCUUUUUUUUUCAUUUGCACUUUCUAACAUUCCCAAGUGAGGGUGUAACUAAGAUAGUAGAAUCCUCUGGGCAUAUUUGAAUAAAGCUAUAUCAUCGUGCUCAGCUAUUUCUAAGGGCCCGUUUAGAUGGAGGUAGGGGACCCCAGGUAGAUGAGGUAACCCGCUUAGGUGAGGUAAAAAAUAACCCUCCUUUACGUGCAAUCUUACAACCCCGUCAUCCCGGGGUACACUUUCUCAAGAUUAUUUAAUGGAAGCUAAGCACGUAACAAUGAAAAAUGCUGGCAAACCACGUGUUUUGAGCAUUAGUGCUCUUCUACACUCACUUGCUGCUCUUACUGCAACCUUCAGUGCUGUGGCGUUUUAAAAAUGAUGGAAAGCCACCGCCGAAGUGAAUUUUACGCAAAUUUGAUGUAUCACGAAUCCUAGCCCGACUAGGCAGGUUACCCCACCUUGAAACGCUUACAUGCCAAAAUUAGACCCCGGCUGGGAGGGUACCCGGUCCGGCAGACCGGGCUACCGGCCUUGGCGGGUCACCCCACCUAUGAUAUAAACGUGAUCAAAUUAAAAUGAGGGAUUAUAUGGACAGGCAGGUUACCCCACCUAAGCCGGUUACCUCACCUACCUGGGGUCCCCCACCUCCCUGUAAACAGGCCCUAACUAAAUGCUGUGCCCAAUUCAAACCAUUUGGGAAUAAAACGUUUUGUUUCAGUAAUUUCCAUAACAUUUAAAUGCCACAUUAUAAUGCAAAUACAAUACACAAACAAUCUUAACCCCCGGGAGAUUUGCAUUGGGUACAGGCUGAGUUAGCUUAAUAGGUCUAUUUGUAGUGUUGUGACUUGACCUAAUAUUUAGCAGAUUUGUUCCUGUCUAUCUCGCUGUUAUUCCGCAUCGUUUUAGCAACAGCAACAGUUUGAGUAGAGAAAUGUAAUAAAUUUGAAUCAUUUUUAAAUGUUUGGCAAUCCCAUAAUACACUGCGUAGCCUGAAAGCAAGCUCUCGGGAACAAUCUGUCGGAGGAGCGCCCCGGAGAGCUUGCUCGCAGGCUAUACGUUGCGUUUUUUAAAACUAAAAACGCAGGAGGACUGGGGAAAUUCAUGCCAACACAUUUGUCGCCAAAAAGAAUCGAUCCUGACUGAUUAUCAUUUCGUUCAAGAUUUAUUUGGAACGUUUUCCCAUUUUAAAGCUAUUCAUUUAUAGUUUUCUCUCUAUAUAUAACAGUCGCAAAAGUUUAUCAAAGACUACUUUGAUGCUGCUCAACUGGGAAAUCAUGGACCAGACCAUGUCGACCAUAAUGGAGGUAUAAAGCUGAAGCAAACUAUUAGAAGCACGUGUGGCGCGGCAUCAACAAGAAUUGUGCGAGACAUUUACUCCUAACAGAUGUAGCAUUGUUCAGGGGCACCCAACGUCAAUUUUUGGAAAACACCGUGUGUUCGGAAGACGAUCUGAGAUCUAGAAUUUUCGGAACAUUUGUUGUAACAUUUCUUGUUUGCCUGUUCGAACAUCUAAAAAAUGGUAUAAUUGCCAAUUUUUAACGGAUUUUUACCCUAAAAAAAAGUCACCUAGAAUUGUCGGGAGCCUUUUUUCUGGCUGAAAUUUUCGAAAAGGUAAGUUUUGAUCCCUAUAAUUUUCGGAUCACUAGACUUUCAGCUAGGAAAUCCGACGAGAUGAAAAAUUUUUAAGGGAUAAAAAUAUGCCUAUAUCUAUCGUUUAAAUACUAAAAUACGUUUAACAAUGCUAUGUUUAAAAUGACAAACCAAGUCCCAUUAUGGCUCUUGGACAAACUGAUUACAGAUACUCAAAACAACCGAAAAUAAAUGAAUAAACAUUGACUACAAUUGCUUGUUCCUUACCUGUGCUCAUGAUCGAAAUGAAGGAAACACUCACAACCACGAACACGCUGCAAUUCUUCCAACCGAUGCUUUUAAACUCCAAAUUUCUACACAAAAAGGUGCUCUUCAAGUGGUCCUUUUUCUUGAGCGACAAGGAAAAAAAUAAAAGCGACAGUAGAGCUUAUCUUUAAUUUCUAACAUACAAAUGUUUUGCUUAUUAAAUUUUCGUUUAGCAUUUGAACCAAACAUCUUAUCUGAAUUUCGUGUGAAUCAUUCAGCGCUUUGGAAGUUUAUUUAGGGGAGGGGGAGGGGGGGCGGGGGCGCCUCGCCCGUGUGUUUGUAAACAUUCCAGUACCAGCUCAAUGAAGAACGUUUUAAAAGCUUUCUUAAUAUUACGUUCUAUCGUAAACAAGCCUGCAAACUGCCAAAAGAUGUAUUAAAGGAAACCAAAAACGUUAUUUUGUACGAAUAUGGAUCCGUGUGCGCACUUGCCAAAAUGGUCAGGCUACGCCCCUGAUAACUCCUUUAAUGUUGUUGUUCAAGUGAAGGGAUUUAGGCUCUACCAAUAAAUGGUAGCCGCGUCGAGUGUUGAUAAGAACUGUUUAAUUAAGUGACAAGACCGGUUUCGGGAAUCUAAGAUGGUUUCCUUUUUCAGUUGCUUUAAAAGUUAACGCUCGUGUGGUUGUGAGCAGAAGAAAGUGACUUUGUGGCACGCGCUGUUAGAGAAAGUAACAAAUUUCAAGUGUGUAGGAUUUCUAUCCGUUACUGAAGUUAAGCUUGAAUUUGCGUAAUCUUUUGUUAGCGGUAAGCAAUAGACCCUAAAUGAACGUAUGCCGUAAAUUUGCCUUAGGAUGAUUGUUAAAACUGGAUGGUUUUUAGUAAGCAAGCCCUUCGAAAAUGCAUCUAAAAAGUCAACAAUAAAGGCGAGUCUAAUUUUGAUUUUAAGAGACUCUGCAGUUAUUGGAGUGAAGUUCAUACGGUGGUAGUGUAGUUUUUAAGUCAAAGUGUAAUAAUAUUGUCACGCGACCUUAACCGUGUAUAACUACUUUAAAAGUGUUGCUGUUCAAAUGAAGGGACUUAGACUCAGCUAUCCAUAAAUGGUAGUCCUUUUAGCAUUUUAGUAUUCGAUGGAUCGAAAAUAUCAUGGGGCCCGUGAUCGGAAAAAGGGAACCAUUCCCCUCGCUAGUUUUCUCUCGUUUUAUUUUCGUGUUCGCACUUUCUCUCUUUUGAGCAAAAUAUUUGAAUUGUUAAUUUUUUUCUUUGAGUUUCAGCAUUUUUUUGGUUCUUUCAAUCUAGAGGAUAAUUAGUGUUUGAUUAGGAGAGUGGAAUAAAGGCUACCAGUGAUCGCGAAUACUGGAAUUUCAUCGGCAAUCACUGAGUGCUUUUAUUUACUGGCGUCAACUAUUUCUAUCACAUUCCGCUGGUUUAUUCUCUCAGAGUUGAAUAAAGAAUGACGUUGAAAGGUCGAAAUUGCAUUUAUAAGCAGUUGAAAUCGGGGGACAAAUAUUAGAUGCUGUCAAAGUUCCGGUGGAAAAAGCAGAAGAUUUUAAGUAAUGAUCCGGGUAAGGUGGAUAGCAAUUUCUUUUGUUAUGCGGCAACGGUGCUUUCCCCACAUAGGAAUGUUCUCAUUUUUACACAGACAAUGCAUAAACCUACAUGAAGGCCGUUUACGUAAUAAAAUGCAUUUACACUCCUCUUUGAAAGGGUGUUUUUUCGUGUUAAAAGAUUUUGACCAAUCACAAGAGUUGAAAACGGUAGCCAAGAACAGUUUACAAUUUUACAUGUUCCCCACAUAGGAUUUCUUUGAUAUUCAAACUGAGACCAGAUUUUGUUAUAUGGAAGAUGGUUGGGAAAGUAAGGAUGAAUGUAUGUACUGCUUUAUGGAGUUUUGUUAACUUUUGCUGUUUAAGCCAAUCAGAAGUAAGUACAGACAAUAGAAAAGUUAGCACCUUUUUUGCAUUCCAACAUGUUCGUUGCCGUUGUUGCUAUCGUUCUUAUCUGGACCGUUUCUUAAAAGAUCAGGUAAGUGUCUUCGAUCUUUGGUUUUUUGGUUUCUCCAGUGUUAGUGUCUCAGUCGAAUUUCGAAGUUAAAAGAAUUUUACCUUACGUCAAACAAAGUUCAAUUUUAACUCUAUAUACUCCGAAGCCGGAGUUCUGGUUAUUAUCUGGCUACGAAAGCUGAUUUGUUCUGUGAUACAGGAUAAAUCUUGUCACUGCAGAUUCAGCUCCAGCUGAUCAAAGUGAGAAAACGGCGGCUGGGGCAGGAAACAGUGAAGAAGUUCCUGAAGCUGCUGAAACAACAGAGAACAGUACUGUACAGUUGACAAGUGAACAGAAACGCACAUAUGCUAAUCUUCAGCCUAUAUUUCUAGCCAUGGAAAUGGGACAAGAUGCAGUGCAAGUUAGUCAAGGAGAGGAACAACAUCAAGAAGCUACUGGCUCUACUACUGAGGAGAUAGAACACCAACAACAGCAGGCAUUUAUUGCUACUUCCAGUGAGCAGUUUACACAGACAAGCCAAGCUGCUAGCUUGCUGCUUAGUAAUGUAGUUACUACCUCAGGCACUGAACCCCCAGCUUCAUUAGCAUCAAUUCUUCAAGAUGUGGUGUCUGGUAUGCAGAGUGGUGCAGGAUCUGUUCCAGCUGCUAUAAUAACAGAUCCUAACUCUGGCAGUGGCUCUUUCCUGAUUGUCAAACUAAAUGUAGUGCCAAUUGUACGUCCUGUCCUUGUUUCAAAUCUUCCUGCUGGAGGUGUUGGCGGAGCAGUCAGUGUAUCUGCAGAGACUCUUCAAGUGUUAACUGCAGGUCUUCAUACAGUUGAUGAUGGUUCAGGUGGUGGUCAAGAGACAGUCACAGUAGACGUUGGUGUUACUGAAGCUGAAGGUAGGUUUCUUAAGCAUUUUUUCUGUGACAGAGGGAUUUCUGUAUGACCUUAAAAAAUUGUCAUUUGUUUCAUCAUUACUAAAAAUAUCAAAACCACGAUUUUUUGCAUACAUUUUGCAUGUCGAUGGAAAAAAGGCAUUGAUCAAUUGUCCAAUUGAUCACUGAGUAUACAGUAUGUAUGGAUUAAUGUAUGGAUUAAUUUCUAGAGUGUAGCAUUCAUUUCACAAUGUAUAAUGAAGGGUAAAAACCCUUUUUUAAAGAACGCUCAGUUUCAGAUAAUAAUAGUGUUUCAGGAAUACCCCCGUCGUCACUUAUGGCAAAUGUUCCAUCCUGAAGGGGCUGGGUUAUCAAUAUAAUUCUCUUCUAUUUUUCUUCUGAUUUCAGUUGGGUUGGCGCUAAAUAUUUUCAGAUUAUAUAUUCAGUGUAGAAUGAGCACUGGGAACUUUUCUUUUCUCCAAAUUUUAUUGUCAAUGUCAAAUCAAUUAAAAGUCGGUAUUUCUCUAAGUUUGUAACUUAUAUGUAGGUGCGACUGCUGCAACUGGCGAGUUACCAGGAGAAGCUACUGUUGAUAUUGGUGCUGAUGUUGUUGCCAUGGUAGCAGGUGCUCAAACUGUGUCUCAAGCAGUUACCCACAGUGGUACAGAGUUGCAUGAAGGAGAAGAGGCUGCAGCUGCCUUACAAAGUAAGAUUAUUAGUGUUACAGCUAGAUGUACAAUGAAGUGGCCAUGCACGUGCUGUGUAGCCUGCGAAUACAGCCGUUUCCUCUUUCUCCUCGCCGCUUGGGACGCUUCGCCAGGAGGAACGUCUGCGCAUUUAGAGACAGAAAUUCCAUACCCAUGACGUUAAAUCUGUCUGGAAUCUGGUCAGGAGCUCUGACUGGUCCACAUAGUAAUUAUAUUGUUCUACCUAUUUUUGGAAACAUACAAGAUACAAUAGGCCACAAAGGUCAAAUGGGGUGGUAAACGUGAUGAAUCUCCUACAAAAUAGUCAAUAUUCGUGGAAUACAUUCUUCUUUAAAAAAGGCAUCUGAGUUUUGCUGGAGCUCGCUUGCAGUAGACCAAAACUUAACCAUUUUCAACCAGGAGAAACAUAAAAUCAAACAAAUUCACAUUUGGAACCCCAUAACUACCGGUUUUAUUAUGUAAACAUUGAUUUACGUCAUCAGUAUGGAAUUUAUGUCGCUGAGGCAUAGAUGCCGUUCCUCCUGGAGAAACGUCCUUAGUUGCGAAGGGCAUGUUGAAACGGCAAGUUGUUUCCAAGCACCUGCUGUUACGCAGGUUAAGUUGAUUCACUCUCUUUUCUCACGAAAAGGUUCUAUUAUUGACUAGUGAACUUCAGAAAAUACCUGCAGAUGCACCUUUCCGAUUUCCGACUGCUACAUACUAACGGUAAUCUUUUUAGCUAGGGGUCCAACUCACGGCGUGAAAAUUAUAUAUUCUCACGUCCUAGCCUACAUAACAGGCGCUUUGUUAGCCAAGCGAGGCGAACGCGGCAUUUUGCACGAAGCGCGAUACGAGAAGAGGAGAAAAUGAAACCCUACUCACAUCCAGGGUGUAGUGCAGCCAAGCAUAUACCCUAUCCAUUAUAUUAGCAAGUACCCUAAUAUAUGAGACUAUACUGACUCGGCCCAGUAUGGCCGGGCCGGAUGUAACAGUUGGUUUGGCGUAAAAACUGAGCUGAAAUUUAAACUAGGUGUCCUCAGUCAUCUUUUCUCGUUCUACAAACAAAGAAAUAUGUCAACUGAUAAUAAUAAUAAUAAUAAUAAUAAUAAUAAUAAUAGUAAUAAUAAUAAUAACUGAGUGCCAUUAUUUACCCUCGGGAGUAUUUGUAGCACUAAUGCUAGAGGGGCCGAGCAAAUGUAUGAACAAAUAAUUUAAAUCAAACAUAACAGGGUUAAGAAUUCAAACUGGUCGGAGUUCAAAUCAGUUGGCUAUUUAGAAGUGUAGCCGAGGAUUUGAACUCGGGACUACCCUGAAAAAAUCCAGCUAGCGGUCAGAGCGGGACUUGAACCCGGGACUUCCGAAUGGCAAGUCCAGCGCUCUAACCACUCAGCCACGCGCUGCCUCCUCAAAAGGGAAAUAUAAUGACACACACUUGUCUUGAGUUUAAUAUGUGUAAUGUAUUUGCUUUUUUAGAAAAAGUUAAAAAGUGUAAGGCACAGAGCCGAAACAAAAAAAAAUGGUGCAUCGCAUGCAGGUACUGUUCAUAAAAAUUCAUGUCUAAUUAAGUUCUUUCUAUCCCUCUUGGCCGACGGCUUGUAGGUGGUGGCCAACGCAUUUCGACUUGAGUUAAGAUUAUAAGGCCAUUUAUUAAAUGAUAAACUGAAUGUCAUCUCUGUUUAAACUCUCUCUUCAAAUCUCAUGUCCAGGAAACCACUAUACCAGCAACUGUGAUUCAAUGAUGUCCCACAUCAGAUUGUUUCUUACUCAGCUAACUUUCCUUUAAUCGCAGAAAGAAAAAAAAAUGUCAGCGAUGGCCUGACAGACCCUGAGGAUAUAGGUGAGUUAUAAACAUGUGUAUAUUUAACAAUUAGUCGCCUGAGGCGACUAAUUGUUUUAGUAUAAUUGCAUUGAUGAUUAUUCGAGAAAAUAAAAUUAUUGAUCAAUUUCCAACUCCUAAACAUCAACAAAUCUGGCUGCCAUUUUGAAAACUGCUAGUCUUUAAAGUUAUAAUCACCGCGCGGUGAUUAUAGCAGGAUGAAGCGAAGCUCCUUAAGCCAAUCAUAGCGCUCUAUUUUCGAUGAUCAUCAAUGCAAUUAUACUAAAGGCGUAUAGUAGAGGCCAUAGGUAUGUAAUUAACAAUUUAUUCCACUAGUGCGCGUUGGAUAUGAGAUGGUACAUAGGCAACGAGAAGCGUAUAACCAUUUCACAUCAAACAAGUGCGAUUGGAAUAAUUGUUUUAUUAAAAAAGCCCAUGAAAUAUCGAGAAUUCUUCCCGACCUUAUUUGUAAAAAUAACCAGUUUCAGCUAGUUUUUAAAUUUGAGCAGACGCGUACAUUUAUACCAUGUUUAAUUUGGAGAGCAUGGUAGAAUGCCUCACAUACAAUGAUGGCUAAGCCAAUCAGAGCUCUAGAAUUGCAUUAUCCAAUGGUUCAGUUUUUAAUAAAGAUAUUUAUCCCAUGCCAUAGAGAAUACAGCCAAUCAGAGAGCUAGAAACCCGUUUUUCACGAACAAAUCCCGGUCAUACUUGUGACCUCCACAUUUUCCCGCCGAAAAUGGAACCGGUAGCAAAACUGUUCUUUGUCACAAAAUUUCCAGAAGCAGAACACCCGAGUUUUAAAUACCAUUCGGAGUUUUAAGUCAAAGGUGAAAGAGUAGUACAAUACGAAACCAAACAGACUAAGACGAACAAAGGAGUUAAGGAAUUCUAAUUAACCGAGAGUAACUGGGAAAAUAAACCUUUUAACCAGUGUAGCGAAGACCAAGAUUGAUCCACAUUUCAAACAACAAGCCUUACUGAAAUCCCUUCAGAAACUUUUGACAGCUGUCUUGCCAUCAUCUUGAGGAUGGGAGUAAAGUAAACAGAGGUGAAUGCGAACUUUAUUCAUUGUCAAGCUGUUGAUCAUUCGGGUAGUGUAUGUUGUAUUAAAAGUGACUUUUUUCGAGUUCUACUGUGAUGUCUAGCAAGGUUUCUUUAUUUUAUGUAAUGUUGCAUUGGAUAAUAUAAAUCAGUUAUGCAAUGCUUUCUGGUGGUAUACCGUGAAUAUUCAACUCGUGACUUAAUUUUUCUUUGUAUACACAUUCGCCUAAAGGCUCGUGUGUAUACUUAGCAAAAUCAAGUCACUCGUGGGAUACUUCACAGUAUACCACUUGAAAGCAUACUAUUGCAUCAGACUAGUAUGUAUAGCAUUACAGGUGUAUAAGCUUAAUUUACGGUGUACUGAUUAAAUAGUUGUCUAUAGAAUUGGUGUUUAAGUGAGAGUGAAAUUCCAGUGGCGGAUCCCGGGGAGGGGGGGGGGGGCCCUGGGAGGGCCGAGGCCCCCUUAUUUUUAGACCAAACUGAGGCCCGAAGAGCCGAAAUAAAAUUUAUGGAGACCGCCGUCUCCCCCCCCCCCCCCUCUUAUCUAAGGGUCUGGAUGACCGAGCCCCCCUUGUCUCAAGGUCUGGAUCUGGCACUAAAUUCUUAUAGUGGCCACAAGUCCUUUUCAAAGCCAAACGAAAAACCCAAGCCUGAAGGUCAAAAUUACAGGGGAGCUCAUGCAAACAUGGAUUAUUUAGGUGGGGGGGGGGGUUACUCACCUAUACAUGAGUAAUGUCUGUACACAGGCUAACAUGAUUUACACCUGUGUAAACUUGUACGUCGUUUCAGUUACCCCCGGCAAUACCUCUGUUAUGGAUUCUAGAGGCCAAGUAUAAAUAUGGGUGUGGAAAAUAGCAUCUUGGUAAGGCUCAGGAAUUGGAGAAUUAUGAGGCACACCUCCACCAACAACAACAACAACAACAUAAGCUUUAUUUGCAUGACCAUAACAAAGUAUUACAGUAUUGCAGAAGCUACUUGAAAUUACUCAUUGAUUCCUUGUAAAUUAAAUAUUUAAAAUAAUUUGAAACUUAUUAAUCAUAAUUUGUUUAUUUCUAACCAUCAGUAGGAUUAAUUAUUCCGGAGAUAAGUUUGUCUCUCAAUUCAAAGAAAGUUGAUAUAAAUGAAAUUAAUUGGAUGUUAAUAAAAUAGUCAGUACAAUUCAUCAGAUGUGAUAAUAGGGACUCAUGUGAUUGUAGUCGUAGAAAGGGUAUUUUAGGUUCUAGUUUAGAGAAGAACAUAUCUCUUAUCGAAGAGAAACUUGGACAAUCUAAUAAAAAGUGAGUUUCGUCUUCAAUUCUGUUACAAUUGCAGAGAUUGCAUAACCUUUCGCCACGUGGUAGAUUGUCGUAUCUACCUGUCUCAAUCCUAAGUUUGUGACUGCUUAUUCUCAGUUUCACUAAUGUUUUCCUAGAAGGGUUCUUUCUUGUUAAAUCUAGGUAGACAGAAGGGCUAUAAUUCGUUUUGAUUUUAUAAUAAAAGUUAAGUUUUUGUGAAUGUUGAAGGGUAUGAUUCCAGUAAGUGAUAUAUUUCUUUUGCAUAAGAUCUACAUAUUGCUUAAUUUUACAUUUAUUCAGUAAAUUACAAUUAAAGCCUGGGAAAUCAUAGUCGUCAGUCAUCUUCUUAAGACUGGAGUAAAAACUAUUUUGGCCACUAUGAUAAAGGUCAACAGAUAUUUUUAAAGAUUGUUUAACUAUAGAAUUUUCAUCUUUUUCUUGGAGAUAGUUUAAGUAAUUAAGUAUCUUGUUAUUUAUAUCAAUGAUCAGAGGGAAUCUGCCAAGUUCAGAUCUGCAUGCAACAUUGGAUGACUUGUUAUGGACUUCUAAAUAUCGUUUACAGAAGUGUAAAUGAGUUUUUUCGAUUCCGGAGUUAUCCCAUGACUUAAAAUCUGAUUUCACAAAGGCACCCCAAACUUCACUAUUGUAAGUUAAAAUCGGUGAGAUCAUUGUGUCAAAAAUUUUAUUUGCAAGCGAGGGUUUCACUUUACUAAAAUCAGUGUGGCGUCUUAGACUAAAUAGAGCAUGAAGGGCUUUUUGUCGAAGAUGUUCAAGUGAGAGUGUAAAAUUUCCGGAAGACGAGAUGCGAGUCCCUAAGUAAGUAUAGUCUUUUACAAUGUCUAUCAUUUCAUUGCCUAUGUGAAAAACAUAAUCACAUUUUUUUGUGCCUUUUUGGAAAACCAUUAUUUUGGUUUUCUUGGGGUUGAUUUUAAGCAUCCAGGAGUUGCAAUAUGAAGACAAUUUGUUGAGGCAAUUUUGUAAUCCUAGUUUCGAUCGUGAUAAUAUAAUAAGGUCGUCAGCAUAAAAAAGAGAAUUGAGUUUGGUGCCAUUUGGUAGCACAAACGGAGCAGAUAAAAUAUUGUUGAAUGAAAAAGCUAGAUCGUUAACGUAUAGGUUGAAGAGAAGAGGGCUUAAAAUGCAGCCUUGACGCACACCUCUAGUGUAUUGAAAAGGAUGUGUUUGGUUAUUUCCAAUCCUAAUAGAUCCUAAUAGAACAGGUAGAGUUUGAGUAUAAACGUUUUAUGACUUUAUAGAAGUUUCCUCGGAUAUUUAUUUGUAACAGCUUGUAUAAGAGUCCAUCGUGCCACACCGAAUCAAAUGCUUUUCUAAAGUCCACAAAACAUGCGUAUACUUUCGUUUUGUGACAGUCAACGUAUUUGUCAAUUAAUGUUCGUAGUGUAAGAACAUGGUCAGCGGUUCGAUUAUUUGCUAAGAAACCUAUUUGAGAUUUAUGAAGUAUGUCACGCGACUGAAUGUGCUUGAGAAGUCUUUGAUUGAGAAUUGAGCAAAAUAGUUUCCCAAGACAACUAGAAAUACAAAUUCCUCGAUCAUUUGAGGGAUCACUUUUAGUCCCACUUUUAAAAAUUGGUGUUAUAAGGCCACCGCACCAUGUUUGAGGCAUAGUGCCUGACGUCAGAACAGCGUUAAAUAACUUCAAAUAAAUAGGUAUUAGUUCAUUUAAGCUGGAUUUAAUCAUUUCAUUUUUUAUUCUAUCUGAAUAUGAAGAUUUGUUGUUUUUGAGUUUGUUAGCCGCUGUGCGUAUUUCGAGUUCAGUUAUUAGGUAGUCCAAAGCAUGCGAUUGUGUUGUUGCGUCUUCUAAGUUGUUAACUCAUCGAUAAUGGCUUCUUGGUGUGAAUUAAGAGGCUCGUUUGAAUGUAGUGACUGGAAGUGAGACAACCAACUUUCUUCUGAGAUUGGCGGGGUACUAGUUUCCUUCAUAGAAUCAUCCAUAGAUUUCAAGCAGUUCCAAAAAUUUCGGCUGUUUGAGUUAUCUAUCAUGUCUUCUAGUUCUGAGAUCUUAGUAUCAUAGUAUUCUUUUCUCUUCUGUUUCAGAACGUUUUUGUACUGUUUUAAGACAGUGUGAUAGUUUUCCCUAAGCGUAAUAUUGAGAGGAUCUCUGUGUUUUAGAUUAGCAAGUUUCCUCAAUUCGUGUCUCUUAAGACGACAUUCUUUAUCAAACCAUUUUUUGUUAGACGAAACAGAAGAUAAUCUAGUAUAUCGUCUUUUAACGUUCUUAAUUUUCAAACAAUGUUUUGCGGUUGCAAAAAGAAUCCUUUCUACUGCAUCGAGAGAGGAGUUAAUGUGUUUGUCUGGUCUACUGUCAACAAGAAAAUCAUGUAUCAUUCUCUGUAUGUCUCUUGUUUGCAUUGCUGUUUUAAAUUUUUGUGAUGAAUCAUUUUCCCAUAUAAACUGUUUGGGUAAACGAAUUAAUGUAUCAUUGGUAUUUUCUGUAGCUAAGUGGGUAUUUACCUUAGUAAUGUUAAGCCAUGUCAUUAUUGGACUGUGAUCUGAUAAACUCGACGGCUCUUUGACAACAAAAUUCGCGAUAGAGUGGAAUAAGUCUUGGUCGCACUAUGCAUAGUCAACAACACUAACUCCUAAUUUACCAUGAAAUGUUGGCCUUCCCAGCGAAUCGCCACGGGAUCUACCAUUCAUAAUCGUUAGAUCUGCACUCCUACAUAUUUCUAAGAGUAGCCUCACCCACCGCCGCCUCUCCUCCCCCCAAAAAGAUUAAAAAUUAAAAUUUAAAAAAAGGUGUAUAACCCCUACAUGCUACUGCUAACCCCUACUGCUGCGAGUCGUUUUCUUCUCUCAGCAAGGUCUGUUACUGAGGGAGUAAUAUAACGAGUCGAAGUAAUUGGAUGAAAUUCAGGCCACUUAAACCCACGUUUUGUGCUAUUUAGCAAUCUUUUGAUCUCAUAUCUCCUGACUUUACCUAUACUGACGGAAAAACCCAACUGAAUAGAGAAGACUGGGAAUGGUUGUGACGUCAGUGUUCUAUGAGGCUUGGCUACAAAGUAAUACAAGCGGGAGUUCGAGCGUAAAGUUCGAGCGAGGACCGCCAGAACAAACUACCGGCGGCGUCCCUAAAAAUACAACACUAAAUAAUGAAUGACAAUUAUUAAUGGAAUGUAGUUGUCGUUUUUAUUAAUUUCUUCAAACUCGUUGGUAGAUUUUGGCACUUUUUAUCAGCAUGAUCAACGUUAGCUACAUCACUGAUGUUUUGUACGGAGGAGUGGACUUUAGUUUGCCGGGAAAUGGAGGAUGGGAGUGCGUGGAGUUCUUGACUUCAAAGCAACGAGUAAUCGAAACAGUGGUAUACGAAACUUUCACCCUUUUUGUUUUCUGGAAAAUGCUUGGACGUGUUUCUAUCCCAAGAGAAUUGCCCGCUUAUAGGGAAGGCACUGGAGUUGGAAAACGACUUCUCUUGGUCUUGCUGUGUUUAAUUUUUGGGAUCGAAAUCGGUUUCAAGUUCGCCACCAAGCAAGUCAUAUUUCUUCUCAAUCCUUGCCAUGUCGUUACGGCCAUUCAGGUAAGCUUAAUUUCCACAUUUUUUUCAAAGUUGAGUGUGAGCUUUAACUUACAUCUCCGGCCCUUGAAAAGAACGUUUGAUCGCUCGACAAACGAUCGCGCGACACGAGUGGGCUAAUAUUGCAUUUUAAUUUCCUUGUCCUCCCGGUUGAGGACUUACCUUUGCAUCUUAUCUCUGAAGACUUCCAUAAAAUGUGGGUCUACCCCUGAAGAAUAUAGGUCCUACCCCUGAAGAAUAUGGGUCUACUCCUGAAUAAUUUCGUGAAGAAUUCUAAAUGUUUAUACUCUACCCUAAAGAAAUCCUCCAUUUUUCCGAGCGAAGCGAGGGCCCAAAAUCGCGAAAACGAUUUAUAAUCUUGUCGCGCGCGAAGCGUGUUGACCCAUGUACUCUUAGCGGCGUGCGAACUUGGCUUGCCCAUCUAUAUAUAUUUGUUUGUUUGAAUAUAUAUAUCACUCAUUUUGGGAUGGUAUCGGCAUCCAGUGUGACAUCAUGCAGCAUAUGUAGUUCCUGUUCAUGGUUCUCCUUGUGUUUCAUUCAUGUUUUAUUUAUCGUCUGUUAAAGAAAUUUUUAUACUAUCGGUAAACCACAAGCAAAUUCCUUCAAUGCAAAUGACCCACAAAAGCAAACACAGUGACUCUGGAUUCAAAAAGUGAAUACAAAUCCUCACUAGGGAGAACUUCUCUGGAGCAACAUCAGAUCACGAAAUGAAAUUUAGCGCGAGCAACAAAGAAGACAACAACAAGAACAGAAACAAGAAACCAAGAUCUCUUUGCCCCGCGAAGAAGCCAUCAACAACAGACUGGGAAGACCAGGGGAGAGGCUACAGCAGCUACAGACACAUAAAGACAGCUGUUAUUGCGGUGUUUUUUCGCUGCCUCUAAAUUCAAUUAAAUUAAUGCAGAGGGACAAAAUACAAUGCACACAAAGUCCAGGAAGAGAAGAAACUGCAGACGCUUCGUGAAAAUGCUGCCAAUACACAAUGGAUCCGCAAUGAAAGUGAUGGAUCAGUUGAGGUAGUGCAUUCCUGGAAGUUUGUGGUUGAAAAUUAGCUUAUAUGUUCUUCGAUGCAACGAUAGGCAGCAAGAAUUAAACAAUCUGUAAAAUACAUGUGAGCGAUAUGUUUCCAAUGGACUGAGCUAAGAACUGCCUAUCAUUACACAUUGCAACAACAGGUUCAGAGUGAUCUGAGAUGGAAAAAUUCACUGUAAGCUUAGUAUGUAUGAACAAUCUUGAACAUAAUGUGUGACAUGUAAGCACACUGUAGAGAAACAUUACAUUUGUGAACAAAGUCCUACAUAACAAAGUUUUUAUUUGCAAUUUCAGUUCAUAACCUUUAAAUUUGUCCCAGUAACUAUCCCAUAUAAAAUAUUACAAUAUGUUGCAGCCUGGGACAUAAAUGCGGCUGUAUCUUUUAAGUGAAGCAUAACAAAUAUUAAGUAUUGCUUACCUUCCAUUUCGAUUCUAUUAUACAAAAAGAACAUCUGCAUUUCAGAUCUCCUCAGAAUAUUAGUGUAUGACAUGGUGGUCAUACUACUUCAUUGUUUGCUAAUAUGAAAAAUUCGUCACAGAAGUUAAACAUGUUCGAUUGGCGGAAUGUUUUUCAAGAAUUGGAAAUUAAACAGCAAGCAGAUAUAGGGUUAAUGUUUCCUGUAAAACAAAUCCAUUCUUCUUUUUACUAGUGGGAUAAAUAAUCAUGUAGUAUUCAUGUAUGAUAUUUCUACAUGUAAUUUCUAUUUCAGUGAUUUUUUUUCCACCUUACUGUGUAUACAAACAAUAGUUGUCAAGUGUGAUUAUGUACAAAAGCAAGUGCAAAAGCUCUCAUUGCUGUAGUCCACUAACAAUAAAUUAUAAAUAUUUUUUCUGCAAUAACCAGUGUUCACUUGUUGUUUUCACUUCAGCAUUAUUCCUUCCACUUUAUCUCAUUAACCCUUUAAGCUCCAAUAUCCACAUACAAAUUCUCCAAACUGAUCACUUUACAUUUCCUUAAAGAAUGUUUUGAGAGAAUUUGAUAAAAGAUCAAAGCAUUUUCAAUCAAUUGAGUUAACCUAAUCUCUGGAUAUUUGAGGGAAAAUUGAUGUUGGUCACCAUUGGGACUUAAAGGGUUAAUUUGAUACCCAUGUAGUAUUGAAAACAACUAUAUCAUUUUAAUAUUCUUGACAAUACAUUAUUUUAAUUAUAGGAGAUGACACAAGUUAGCUGUUAUUAAGCAAAUGCCACCACAUAUUAGCCUGCAGUCAUCCAUGCACUGUCGUACCCAUUUUUGUAAAGAGCUUGGUUGGUGUUCUGGCUGGGGUUUGAACUCACAGCCUCCCGGGCUGGGUUGUUCAAAGCUGGGUUAAGAUAAACCAGAGUUAGUGCGAAAUUUGAAUUCAGAUUUGAAAGAUUAAAAAGUAAAUUCAGUUGAAUUCUUUUUGUCUACAAGUUGAUGAUUGGAAGCUCUAAAAAUAACAGAGAAAAUUAUUGGAGAAAAGGCUUUUGAACACAAGAAAAAGAAACCAGGGUUAAAUUUAACCCUGGGUUAAGUGCUAAUCGGCCUUCGAACAACUGGGACCAGCUCAGCAGACCAGCAUGAAAAGGAGAGCUUGCAACAAGGUCUCAGGAAUUUGAAUAGUCAAGUUUUUAGUUUGUCCUGACUACUGAAUAAAAUCUGUGAAGAUGCAUUUUUACAGCGUUAGCCUCGAUUUGAAGUCUCUAUAUUCACAUAUAAUUCCAGUGAGGAGAACGCCUGUUUAAAAUGCUGUAUAUUCAGGGCUGUGCUCGGCCUCAUGGGCUGUUGACUAAGAGCCCAUUCAAGCUUGACGAAUAAUUGUUAAGUAUGUAUAUUUUUACAAUAUUUAGUUGUAGUUUUUGAAAAACCCUUUUUCCUCCCUUCGGCUUUCCUGGUGCCCAGGUUGCUUAAAAGUCAAUGAUAGUUAAAUAUACCUCCAAAGUGAAACAAAUCAUGCUUGACUGGUAUUCAUGGAAAUUCAUACUGUGCAGCAUAUCUGGAUAGAAUGAAACCUAGUAAACACAUGACAAAUUUAAGUGUCGAUGGUGUUUAGCUUCUAUUAUUGAGGAAUACUCUGUACUCCCAGGUAGAGUAAAAUGUAUGGAUCAGGAAUGCCAUAUAUAAACCCAUUUUAUAACAGUGAUGAAUCAAAUUUGUUUCUCUUCAUGGCACUUGGUAAUUGUCUGUAUGAUGCAUAUGUAUCAUAUGGUGCCUCCAUUAAAGAGGCCUAAUUAAGGUAAUUAAAUUCUGCAAAUUAAUGAUAGGUGAUUGAAAAAUCAACAUAAGUCAGAUAAAUUUAUUAAUGCAAUUUUGAGCAAAGUUUUGAAAGUCUGUUUUGUAUUUUAUAUUUUUUUUUGCAGAUUUAUUUGUUAGCAGGUCCGCCAAGUAAACGUGUUUUGUGUGUAUUUAGGUAAGGACACUGUUUACUUGAUGUUAAGGCAUCAUUACUACUACUAUAACUCCUUUCAACCGGGGGUCAAUUUAAUAAACCUUUUACAGCUGUAAUUUACAAGUGUAGCUAUUGUUCUCAGACUCUAAAACAAUGGCUAUAUUUGUAAAUUACAUGUGUAAAAGUUUUAUUAAGUUGAGCCCUGGAUCCUUCAGGGUUUUGCUCUCUUGUGCAAAUUAGGGCUUUUGACUUUUGUUGGUUAAACCUCUUAUAUAUUUAUACCAGAUUUAAAUAUUUAAGAAAAAACGAAAUGAAUUGCGGUAUAGCAACAAGAGUAACAAGAUGUAAUUAUGCAAGUGGCCUAUUACUGUAAUGCUGUACUUCAAAGCCAACCUUGGUUUUAGGGUCACACAUUGUUCCAUCCCACUCUUGCAUUAUGGGGAAAAUGGAGACCUUUAAGUAGCUUUCAUUUGAAUUGUCACAUUGAGGGAUUUCACGCACAGACCCAUAAGUUAAAACAUGCAAGGGCCCUGUGCACUGAGCCUACAAAAUAUGAUACCACAGGAGAGUACUGCUCAGUAGCUUUCUUUUUAAUUGUUGAUUCUUUACUAUUUCCUCGUUGCUCUCAAACUAAACAGUGCAAAGGUAUUGAUCAGUAGCUUUCAUUUGAAUAGUCAUGCCCUCAAACUUAAUAUGAAAAGAGGAAAGGAAUGCUAUUCCCGGACUCGGCGUCAUAUGUUGAGUUUGUUGUUGGUUCUCUUCUCUGCUCCGAUGAACUCCGGCGUACUCUUUCCCCUCCGCAAAAACCUACUUUACUAUAUAUUUGAAGCCCUUUAUAUUUUAAUACACCCCUGGCUCGGGACACUUUGUUGCAGAAAACCACAUCUUGAUAAACGAGUUCUGAAAAUUUCAAUAAAAGACAUUAACCCCUAUGUCGAGGACCAAAGAAAGCAAAGGCUAACACAGGAAAGUCAGUUAACAGCUAAUCCAAAAUUUGCAAACCUUAUCAGUGUAGUCUCCAGGUGUACAUGAAAAUGACGCAACAGUUUAUGCAAUAUGAAAUGUGAAAUCUAUAGGCUUGGCGCUUAUACUACCCACACACCCACGUGGGAAUAACAUACCACGCUAAAUUAGCAUAAUAUGCUAACAGCUCUGAACCUUAAAUUUGACAUUACUAUUAACAGUAAUAUUUUGGGAUUUUCAUCCACAAACUUAAAUUUGGUAUCACCUCUUAUACCAUAAGAAUCAUCAUCACAGGGAUGCCAAGAUAGUCAUGGUUAAUAACCUUUGUACCUAUUGUUGUGAGAUUUCUUACCAGAUUUUAUCAUCUAUUUUUUUGCCAACAUGGUGCAUUAACUUAAUGGUAUUUUCAUUUGCAGAGUUCAAAAUUAUUUACUUUUUGGUGCACUUCAGGCCAUCAUAUUCCCGGUAGUAAACACUAGACUGGUAAGUCAAAAAAUGCCAUGGUUUCCAUCAAACCUGUCCUCACAGAUGUCUUUGUAUAAUACAUUGCAGGGUCCUAAACUUCUUAUUGUCUGUUCCCUAUUGCUAUAUUAAUAAUUAUCAAUUUUAGGACACCUUAGUAAUGAAGCCAGCUGGGUCUAUGCCUUUGUAGUCUGUGUCAAUUUUUUUAGUUUAGUUUUUUUCUUUUUAGUUUAGUUUUUUUCUCUAGACCCUUUCUGUUCAAGUGAAUUUGUUCAAUUCCAGUUUAAGGGUUAAGACUGAUGAUUUCACAAGCAAUACAAGGGACGUAGAUCCUCAAGGGUGGAUAUGGGCAGUUCAGAAUUUUGAAAAAUUACACUAAUAAACCAUUAUUAAAUCAUAAUAUAAAAUUAUUUUUUUAAAUUUUAUUCUUUAUGCAAAGUUCUGUUUUUUCUUUGGUUUUCAGUUACCAUUUGAAGUUGUGACAUACUGGCUAUCCUAAUUGUAUAUCCUAAUAACAAUUGUUUAUUCCAAAAUUUUUGUUUUUGCUAAUAACAUGCCAAGGUUAGUAAUCUGUUCAAAAGCCGGCUUAUUCAUUCAAAAUAAUUUGAUCACAAGUUUUGCUUGGAUCCAAUCCCCAAUCGCUAAUUCUAGAUAACCCGUUAAAGUCAACUUUUGUUUCCUAAGAGGUCUGUUAAGAUGAUUGAUGGCUUCAAAAUGUAUAUUGCCUAAUAAACCAUCAAUCAACCUGGUUUCCUGGCAGUGGUGCAGGAGCCUUGGUGUAAACUAAAAGAAAAAUUGGUGUUCACACCUCUGCAAAGACAACAUUGCCUAAAUGUAAUAGACCAUUUUUGAUAUACAAGGGGGGGGAAUAAAACAAAGAAAUGUAUUAUUCAUAAUUGAGCCUCAAGAUGAUUUCUUUUGUCUUAUUCCCUCAAGCCUCACCGCCAAGUAUGAAUUUUAACAUAAUUUAUCCAAAUUGGUCUAUUACUUCAACUAAAACUAAAUGGAAGAAUGUACUACCACAAAAUAUGUGUGUAUUUAUUGCUCAAUGGAUGUCAUCUACUUUUAAGGAGUAUCUGCAAGAAAAAAAACAUCUGUUUAUAAUUAUAUCUUGAAACAGUGCCGAGAAACAGGCAAAUGUUUAAGGGGUGUCUACAGAUAGGUUAGAUUGUUAAGAACUUGGAAAUACUUUGAAAGAUAAUAAAACCGUUGUUGUCUUCAGCAUUUGAACUAUGUGAAGAAUAAUGUGGAGAAUUCUUCACAUCCUACUCAGCCACUUUCAAUAAUAUUGUUAAUGAUAAUUUGUCCUGCUAUUAGCCAUGAGAAUUUUUAAUACCUGCCUAAAAGUGAUGCCUUAUUAUUAAAUUUUAUUAUUUUAUUAUUAAUUACCAAAAAGGAACAUCACCUUUAAGCUAGUGGUUAUUACAAAGAUUCCCCCCAACAAUUCCAUUCAAGCAGAUUCACUGAAGAAUUUUGUUUGAGUUAUGCCUACUCUAGCUUCUAAAUUUUAUUUUAUAUCAUUCCUUUUAAUACAGGGCCAUUUACUUUAGAACCUGUGUGGGAUUUCACCUGGGCAACUUUGACGUUCACCUUGUUUUCAUUCUACAUGCUUUUGUUUCUUCAGCCGUUAGGAAUGGUAAUAAUAACUUUAUUUUUAUAUUAUUGGACUGUCUUUAACAUAAACAGUAAAUACAAAUUUAACACUUAAGUGGAAAAAUUUCAUAAUUACUUACUGCUGAGAACUUUGUCUUUUAGGAAUUUAGGAAUUGAUCUUUUAAAGUACUCCUUUUUUGUAGUCAAAAUGACACCUUCUCACCUUGUGAGCAAUUUAUUUUGUAUCAAAGAUUUCUGCAUAAACAAAACAACUUUCUUUAAUGUACCAAAAAUGUUUUGGCGGUCCAUUGUCAUCUUCAGUGUCAUAUAGUGUGAAAUUGCCAUUGAAUGUUGAGGGUGUGCAUUGUUACAAAGUUUGUCACAUUGCAUUGACAUUAUUGCCUGCUUAAAAGUUUAUAUUAACGACGUUAAAAGACAUACAGGGAGAGAUGUCAUCAUCUUCAGUGUUACAUAUUGCGAAAUUGCCAUUGAAUUUUAAAGCGCACACAAUGUUACAAAGUUUGUUAUAUUGUGUUGUCAAUAUUCUGUACACUUACAAAGUUUAUAUAAGUGACGUUGAGGGAUUUACAGGGAGAGAUGUACCAUCGAAACAUGUCUGUUAAAUUGAAGAAAGUUGUUUUUUUAUGUGGCUAUCUAUAUCUGAGAUUUGAUUUUCUUUUACAGAUCCUUCACGUGAACCUCAAUAACAUGAUGUGCCCUGCACUCAGUGAUCCAUUCAGUGGACCAUAUUACAGAAUUAUUGCCUGUUGUCAUCAACCAGCUUUGAUGUUUCUUAUUGGAAAGGUUUUUUGUAUCAUUGGACAUGAGUUUGUUACCCUUCUGUACAGAACACAGCAAGAAAAGUUAGAGUAGAUAGAGUAUAAAGAUUAAUUUGUUAUUACGAGAAUACUCAGAGGAGUGAUUAGCCUUCCCAUAAAAUAAUAUUAGUCCAUUCUAGGAUCUGUUUAAUCUGUAAGAGCCUAGUAAUAAAUUAUAUCUUACGCUGAAGAUUUCACAAGGCUAAACUGAUAAAAAGGGAAAACAGCAGAAACUUAACUUAUAUUUACACUCAGGCAAUCUGAAGUGAAUUCUUGUAUAUAUUCAUGUAACAAGUAUUACAGGAAUCAUAACUUAUAAUCUUUUAGAUGUAAUUUCCUUUCUUUUGUUGAUGGGAGAAGCAGUUUCAAAACUGCUAAAAAUAUGCAUUUCUAGCACUUUUUUUCCCUCUCCAUUUUAAGGAAGCAUGUUAUGUAGAUGGUUUUAGAUACAUGUGGAUAGAAUUCUGAAAAUGGGCCCCUUAUGUCACUUCCCCCUUAAGAAUCUUAAAAACGGCUUUUCAAAAAGGAAAGCUUUGGCAUUUUUUAAAACAUUUCCGUUUUUCUCAAUAUUACUGAAUAACAUUAAUAAUUAUUGAUACUUGAGACCAAAAUGUCCAGCUGUAGUAAGAUGACAGUGCAUGUGUUGAAGGUAGCUUGCUGCUCCUGUUUCGAUGGUGUAGUGUAAUGACAGCCAUAGUGUUUCUGCAAUCUUUGGUGAUAUGGA